GAUGAAGAAACAAAUGAAAGGAUUCAAAGGAUUUUAAUGAAGAAACAAUUGGAUUAAUUAAGAUGAAUAAUCGAUGGAUGUGAAUUCAUUCUCUCUACCUGGAAAGGAAGUGGGGAAUGAAUAGCAGCACACUUCAUAAUAACACAUCAAUUGACUUUUAUUAACUUUAAUGGUCAUAAUGAUAAUGUAAUGUGCAAUGUAUAAUAUUUGCUGAUUGCACAAUAUCAUACCUAACAGAGUGAAUUUCCGGUUCCUGCGCUCACACAAAUUCCACAUCUCUCUCUCACUCUUUUUAUUUUUGUACCGCUUUGGAAGCUUCUUUAUGGUGAAUAUAAAAUUUACAAAAGCGAAGAGUGCGUCCGGCAUAUGAAUAAAAAUACUGCCCACACCAUACACGAUUUGUAAACAUCAUAAGGCAUUCAAAAGACAGGUAAAGAGACAGACUUUGCUUCGGUGGGGAUCAGUUUAUAGUAGGCCACGAGGCACUCGCGUUCUUGGUUGCAUGUUCACGACUCUCUCUUCGCUGGAUAAGGCCAACAUUCAGAAAUCUCAACACUCAAACAAGAAUAUUCACUUCUCUCUCUUUUUUCCAAAAAAAAAAAAAACCCAUCAAAUUUUCAAAAAACGCUACAAAAAUACCAAAAUAUUCAAAAACACAAUUUUAACAUCACCAGAAAUAAAAGAACAAAAAAAAAACAACUUCGAGAGUAAAUGAAAGGUAAAUUGUGAUCUAAAUCAAAAAAGGAUUAACUUAAGAGAAAUCAGAAUCGAAUUUGGAGCAAAAGAAGUUUGGAAAAGUUUUUUUGGAGAAAGUCUCUUUGGCGAAAUAUCGAAAAAAAAUGUGUUGUGCCGCGUGAUAAAUAAUUAAUAACAAUCUAUAUUCAUUUUUUUAAUGGCAAGUGAUUCGAGGUGAAAAGAGAUGUUAUUACUUGGCGAAGGAGGAAAUUAACUAUUGCGGGAAGGAGGCUAUUAUAUUGAAUGCUUAAUAGAGAGAAGAUAUCGCUGACAAUCUGAAGAUUAACAGGAAGUUGUUGUUGGUUAUUUUUUUUUUUUUGCAUAGAGGUGUUGGAGAAAGUGUCAUUAUAUUCAUAUGCCUCGGUUUGUGUCUAACGUCGCUCACUUCCGGGAUUUUAGUUUCUGGAAAAAUGUUGCAAUUUUGAACGAAAUCAACCGUAUUGGAUUUAAAAAGUACAGAAACGUGAGAUGAUCGGAAAACUUCUCCUGAGUUUUUGGAUAUUUCAAUGGAUCCACAUUCUUGGAGAUCGAGUCGAGGCUCAAAGUUUGCCGAAACAAAUUAUAGAAUCAAUUGACGAACAAAAUGAUCUACUCAUAUUCCAAUCGGUGGUUCAGUCAAUGAAGGAAUGGGAAAAUCAUAAAAAAAGUUCUCAUCGUAAUAAAAGAGAAGUGUCCAGUGUUUGCUAUGAUGGAGUUGGAUGCUUUGAAGAUACUGGACCUUUCAGUUAUUUGGAAAUGCUACCAUCACCUCCCAAGGAUGUUGGCACCAGAUUUUUCGUUUAUGGUAGCAGGAAAGGAAGAUCAAUUCCAAUGGAGGUUUCAGCAGAAGACAUAAGUGAAAAAAUUCGUCAUGCCAUAGAUGUAGAUUUACCAACUAAAGUCCUUGUACAUGGUUUUGGAUCUGACUGCGAGCAUAUUUGGGUUUAUGAAAUGAGAGCUGCUUUGAUGCAAGUUCAAGAUUGUAAUGUUGUUUGUGUCGACUGGUCGCCUGGAAGUACGAUUCCAAAUUACGUGAGAGCAGCGGCAAAUACGAGAUUAGUGGGUCGACAAUUGGCGAAACUAGUUCGAAGUUUGGAUGUGCCUUUGCAUAAACUUCAUCUAAUUGGAUUUAGUCUUGGAGCUCAUGUCGCUGGAUUCGCCGGUGCGGAAUUAGGAAAUGUUUCUAGAAUAUCAGGUUUGGAUCCUGCUGGACCACUAUUCGAAUCUCAGGACCCUCGGGCAAGAUUAGACGAGAAUGACGCCCAAUUUGUGGACGUUAUUCACAGCAAUGGAGAACAGUUACUUCUUGGAGGUCUAGGUUCCUGGCAACCGAUGGGUGACGUCGAUUUUUAUCCCAACGGUGGUCGAAUGCAAAGUGGCUGCUCGAAUAUUUUCCUAGGCGCUGUGACUGACAUCAUUUGGUCGAGCACUCUUGAGGGGAGAUCAUUGUGCAAUCAUCGAAGGGCCUACAAACUCUUCACAGACUCAGUGAGUCCAAAGUGCAGAUUUCCAGCGUUUCCUUGUCAUCGUGGCUAUGAUGGUCUCAUUAAAGGUGAUUGCUUUCCGUGUGGACCGGAAAAUUCAGGUCGUCCUUGCGGUGAUAUGGGAUUUUACAGUGACUCAUCGCCAGGACGAGGGCAAUUGUAUCUGAUGACGAGAGAUGAAGAGCCCUUUUGCGCUAAUCAAUAUCAAGUCAAAGUUUUCAAUAGUCGAAGCGAAAGAGCUACGAAGAGUUAUGGAAAUUUGAAAGUCACUCUUGUUGGUGAGGGAUCUUUCAAUGAGACUUUCACCAUGACCCGCAAGGACGACGAAGAACUUCUCGUUGGUGCCAUUCUGCAAAAAAUUGUGGUCCCACAUCCUGUUGUCACCAAUCUCGAAGCCAUCGAGAUAAAAUACACAGCGUACCAUGGUUGGAUCUCCUCGGGCCUGAUAACCUGGAAUAUCGAUAAGGUAUUAAUUGUCGAUAGUUUUGGCAAAAGUACAUCAAUUUGCAAACGUGGUUUAACUCUCGAGUCGGGUAAAUCCGUUUAUUUGCGACUACAACAAGGCGAGUGCGUUAUUCAAUCGGAAACUGAUAAUGUGACAAUUAUCAACGAUCAAAUUGUCGACAAAAUCCCCCUGGAGAAACAAGGAGGCGGUAUUGGUCCAUUCACAAGAGAUCAAAAUUGGGAGAAAAAAGAAACACUCUCAGUUGAAUUACUAUCAAAUGAGAGGACAAGUUUACAAAAAAAUUUGGGACCAUUCACCAAGGAUCAAAAUCCAAAACCCUUGGAUAUAAAUAAAGAGAACACGAGAAAUACAAAUUCAGAGACAAAAAUAAUUGUGGAAAAUUCCGAUACAACUAGAAACAGUAAUCGUUGGACUUACAUUGACAUUACCGAUAGUGGCGAUUCAAAUUCAUUGGAAAAUUUGGAAUUUGAAUCGGGAAGGGGUUUUUCCAGUCCAAAUUUUAUUCACAAGACGACAAUUACAAAAUCUACAAAAAGUCCGAUAACAACGGAGACUGUUUUGGAUAUUCAGGAACCAUUGUUGAAAGUUACGAAGAAAGAAACGGCGAGAUCGAUGAAACUGCCGGAGAUAACGGAACCAAUUUUAAAAUCUCGAUCGACUAGGCAAAAUAUUAAGGCGGCACUUGUGCAGGAUGAGAAAAUCGAUGAAUCGCCCACGACGACAAGAUCAUUUACAGUUCAAUUUCUUCCUGAGAGACUGGCGGGUAUUUUGGCCCAAGCUGAAAGAUACGCAAGGCAAACACUCUUACCUCUCAUUUCUCAAUAUACACCGAGUUUCGUCGGCAUUGGAAGAAACGAGCGACCGAAAUAUUUCCCACCCCUAGGAGACAUUGAUGACAAAAAACAAGAGAAAGAAAUUCCCCUUAAGAAAUCUACUCAAACUGUCGAAAACUUGGAUUCAAAAACAAAUCUGACAUCAGAAGAAACAAAAUCGAACAACGAAAAUUCUACUUCAACCGAGAAUGUAAUACAUUCGAAAAAAGUCGGCAACGAUUGGGUUCCAAUAAAUCGCGAGUCCAAGCAGAUCUCAAAUUACGCUAAGACUAAUAAUAAUAAUAAUAAUUUAAAUACAACCCAGGAAAAAUCUUUUACCGGACUUUGGUUAAAUGAAGACGAUGGCACUUGGACACCACAGUCCGAGGAUGCCGAAGCUGGUCCAGAAACAAAAAUUGACGACUGGGUACCAAUAACAGACAAGGGACGAAAUGAAAAAUCAUUAAAAAUUUCCACUGUUCAAAUUUCGGAAAAUUCCCCAACAGAAAAAAGUGAAAAAGUAACAACCAGCAAUCCAACUAAAAUUGAUGAUAACACAACACCGAAUAUUGAAGAAAGAAAAUUCAUUCCCCUAACAGAUCUUGAAAAUCAGGAGAAAAUUCAACUGAAAGAAAACGAAGAAAGUCAAAUAGUGGAAAAUUCCUCGACUCAUAUUCAAAGGAUUCCUCAAACAACAGUACCGAGUAAAAUAGAAACUCCCGAGGCAAGAUCAGUCCUCUUUCCAUACGUUUACGAGCGUAAAAAUGAUCCUCGAACUCGAUACAUACCCCUAAUUCCAGAGGAGGAUCUUGGCUUAAAAAAAUCCCUCACCGAACGUGAUCGUUAAUAAAUAUGUUUUUUCUCCUUAAAAAAAAAAACAAUUUUUAAAUUUCUAGUUUCUAAGCUCUUUAAGUUAUAAAUACGACUGACUACAUAAGUUUUAUAAAUUAAGCACUAUUUUUUUCUACAAAUUCUACUUUUUAUUUGCAACAAAAAAAAAAAGAAAAUUGAUCAAAAAAAUAAAUCAAAAUAAAUUUUAAAAUGUGUUAACUCUUAACACUCAAUUUUUUGCAAAUUAAUACCACAAAAAAGAGAGCAAAUAAAAAAAAUCAUGUGAUUUCGAGUAUUAAAAAUAAACGUUUCGUUUUUCGUAAAAACUGGGAGCCCUUAACUUUAUUUUUUUUUCUCUUGUAUAUAGGAAUUUUUACAAUAUAAUAUAUAUAUAUUAUAUAUAGCUUCGCUGAAAUUAUCUUUUAUGUUCGUUCGUUACUGUUAUUGAUUAAUAAUUGUUGUUAUUUGUAAUCUAAAAACUAGUACCGUCAUAGAUAUUCGUCAUUCGCGUGUGUCGAUUCAUUCCAAAAAACAAGCGGAGGACGAAACCAAAUACGCUUGGGACGUAAAAUAAUAUAUUUUUUAAAUCUACUUUUGUAAAUACACUGCACGAUGAGUCUUCGAAAAAAAGAAAAAAAUAAAAUAUGUACAACAGAAGGAAAAAGAAACUCCAUAAAAAAUAAAUUUUAAAUUCUAUUUUUACUUUUUUGCUUUUAAAUAAAUAAAAAAAAGGAAAAAAAAAAUUCUUUCUCUUUCCUCAGAUAUGCCACUCCUGAUAUGUCCAUCUGAAAAUGCCCGCUUUUGAAAAAAUUCUUGGCUCUCAAAGUCAAAGUAUCUCAGGUACCGUAUUGCGUGGCAAAAUAACAUCAUUCUAUAAUCUUAACUUAACAAUCAACUGGUUUAUAAACCACUUCUUUUUUUUUUUUAAUUUGUGGCUUCAAGGAGCGCGAAUACUAUAGAAUUAAAUUUAAAUUUCAAGUAUUUAGUAAAACACGCAGUCUUAUUUGACGCAAAGUUCAUUAACGAACUCUCGCGAUCAAAAAACAGUUAACAAUUAAUUAGCUUAGUAAAAAUUU